AUGAACGGCAAAGAGUUCAGGGUCGACCUUCACAAAAGCCCCCCUGUACAACACCACUUCUCAUUAAUUGAUGAGCUAAAGCAGCUUUUCGUCUGCUCAAUCGACUUGAAGGCGGCAAUCAGCGAUGUCUUCCAUCCGAAGCACAAGCAUGUAAAGAACCUACCAAUCAUAUACGAAGAUGCACAGAACACGAAACUCUUGGAGUGCUACAGUGAAGUGCCAUUCGCAAACUGGGGUCAAACGGUGGCGAACUCGCCCAGGUUCACCUUCCUUCCCACGACCGUUCGUGGUGUCCAGCGCAUCGUGCAGUUCGCAGUUGCCAACAACUACCGUGUGCGAUGUGCUGGAUAUCGUCACAGCUGGAGUCCUAUUUUCUCGCAAGACAAUGAGCUAUUUAUCUCAUUCGUCAACCUGGACACAGUUAACACGCUUCCAGACCCGACCUCGCUCAUACCUGGCGAGUAUGAUCCAUCGGCUGUACCAGAGCUCAAAACGAUUGAGCUCAAGGAAGAGACAGCACCAGGAAGAAAACGACUGUGUCGUGUUGGCGUCGCGGUCACGAACGAAGAAUUCCGCCGAUGGGCUAUUGCGGGGAAGGCCUGGUCUCUACCCGCUGAUGUGAUUCUGGUUGAGGUGACCAUCGGAGGUGUCAAUGGGCCUAUUUGUCACGGUGCUGGCAUAACCCAUAAAACUCUGUCCGACUACGUUCGACGCCUCGAGUAUGUCGACUGCCAUGGUCAGCUCCAAAUCGUCGACGACGAGGUUCAGAUCAAGGCAGCCGCAGGGGCCUUUGGCCUACUUGGUGUCGUGACCCACAUUACCUUCGAGCUCGAUGCCAUGUCCUAUGCAGUCAUGAAACCACUGAAAGAAGAUGUCGGCUUGGGUGUGCCGCCCCUGGACAAGAAUGACAUUCCCGAAGCAUUGCGAAGCGACUGGUUCGAUGCGCCAAAUGUAGAUCAACAAUUGGCUUCUGCAACGGCAGAAUUUAAGAAUCGAGCAGCGAGCGAAUACUACAGCGAAUGGUUUUGGUUUCCAUACCAAAGGAAAAUAUGGACGAAUACUUUCAGUACGACAACGGACGCAACAGAUGCUAUCGACUACCCCGAUGAUAAGAAUGUCUUCCUACAGUGGGUGCAGAACUGGCUGGGGGGCGUCGUGACUACAAAUCCGUUCUUCAACGCGAUACCAGGCUAUUGGCAAGCUCAACUUCUUGCCACGCUUGCGAUGGCAACUCUUCCACCGACUCUCGGCGAGAGCAACACGCCCACAUAUAAGACCUUCCUUCCGAAUGCCUUGCACUUCCGCCGCGGAAUACAGAACAUGCGAGUCCGGGACAUCGAACUCCAAAUACCGCUGCCCCCACGUAAAGAUGACCCGUCAAAGCCAGACUUCAGCAUCGUUCAGCGUGCCUGGUGGGACAUCAUCAAGCUUGUCUACAAGGAUGCCGACAUCAGUAGCGAUCCAUCCUCAGCAAUGCGCGUUGCGCUCGAAAUGCGUCUCAUGGCGGGCAGUGAUAUGCUCAUGGCACCUCAGAAGGGCAACGACUUGGGAACAUUGUCGAUCGAAGUGCUCACAUUGCCUGACGCUGUGGCUGACGAUGAGUGGCACGACUUCGCACAAAGAGUCAUUGACAUCUGGAUGAGCUAUGGCGGGAACACAAGACCUCACUGGGCAAAAGAAUGGGACUACUUCAAGUUCAAAGGUAUGGAAGCGAGGAAGUAUCUGAAGGAAGUUGCAUACAAAGAUCAAAUACCCGAGUUUCGGGAAAUGCUUAGCAAGAUCGGGAAGCAGCACAGCUGGACACUGGACGAGUUGCAGCGGAGAUUCUCGAACGAGCUUUGGGACAGGAUGGUUUACGAGUGA